GAAGCAAAAACCCAUCCACCUAUUUUGACCUAAAUAUCUCGCUUUCUUCAGCCUUCCUCGUUAGCGAUAUAAUCAAAACCCUAGAAACGGGAGAGAUACCCACCCGAUCUCUUCCGUCUCUUUCUCGGUUCUUCGUUUAUCGUUCCCCGGCCCUUUUCAUAUUCUAGAUCUGAGGAUUUGCUCUGGACUGCGAAGGAUCCGGUGAUUUCCUGUAUGGUUUGUUUGGUGACCCGGUAGGAAAAUUUUGGCAGUUUUCUCGUUCGAUUUUGCUUUCAAGGAAUGCCGCUUCUGCCGAAGAGUGAUUCGAUCCAUAUUCGCGAGGUGUGGAAUGAUAAUCUUGAAGAAGAAUUUGCUCUGAUACGGGAAAUUGUCGAUGACUAUCCUUAUAUUGCCAUGGAUACAGAGUUUCCAGGAAUUGUUCUUCGCCCGGUCGGCAAUUUUAAGAAUAGCUAUGAUUACCAUUACCAGACUUUAAAGGACAAUGUUGAUAUGCUCAAAUUGAUUCAAUUGGGUCUUACGUUUUCGGAUGAGCGUGGAAACUUGCCAACAUGUAAUACUGACCAGUAUUGCAUCUGGCAAUUUAAUUUCCGCGAAUUUGAUGUGAAUGAGGAUGUUUUUGCCAAUGAUUCAAUUGAGCUUUUGCGCCAGAGUGGCAUUGAUUUUAAGAAGAACAACGAACAUGGCAUUGAUGCCCACCGUUUUGGCGAGCUCUUGAUGUCUUCCGGAAUUGUGUUGAAUGAUAACGUUCACUGGGUCACUUUUCAUAGUGGUUAUGAUUUUGGCUACUUGCUUAAGCUCUUGACCUGCCAGAAUUUGCCGGAAUCUCAAGUGGGUUUCUUUAACUUGAUCAACAUGUACUUCCCAACCAUAUAUGAUAUCAAGCAUUUGAUGAAAUUUUGCAACAGCCUUCAUGGAGGAUUGAAUAAGCUUGCGGAGUUGUUGGAGGUGGAGAGGGUUGGGAUUUGCCAUCAGGCCGGUUCGGAUAGCUUGCUCACUUCUUGUACAUUCAGGAAAUUGAAAGAAAAUUUCUUUAGUGGAUCUUUGGAGAAAUAUGCUGGUGUUUUGUACGGCUUAGGUGUUGAGAAUGGACUGAAUUCUCAUUGAAAAAUGAAACUAGUGAAAAACAGAAAAGCUUCUUGUUAAAAAGUUGUUGGAACUCGAUGGGGGAUUAUCAUUAUCCUCUGUAAACCUGUGGCAUUGACUGUCUAAAAUUAUGGAAACUUUUAUUAUUACUUUUCCUGAGUGCUAUUUUUGCUUA